UCACGUGCUCAGUCUUUUACUUGAAGGCGGUGCCUACUAGCUGCCGGUUUGGAGGAUUGUUGUUGUUGUUUGUAGGGAAUAAAGUACUUAAAAAGUACAAAAACUAGUCUUGCACAAUGGGGACCCGAGAUGAUGAAUACGACUAUUUGUUCAAAGUCGUACUAAUCGGAGACUCUGGAGUGGGGAAGAGUAACCUGCUGUCCCGUUUCACAAGAAAUGAGUUCAACCUGGAGAGCAAGAGCACCAUUGGGGUGGAGUUCGCCACCCGCAGCAUCCAGGUGGACGGCAAGACGAUAAAAGCUCAAAUUUGGGACACAGCUGGACAGGAGCGCUACAGAGCAAUCACCUCAGCGUAUUACCGGGGUGCAGUUGGAGCUCUCCUGGUUUACGACAUUGCCAAGCACCUGACGUACGAGAACAUUGAACGCUGGCUCAAGGAGCUGAGGGACCACGCUGACAACAACAUCGUCAUCAUGCAGGUUGGAAACAAGAGCGACCUCCGCCACCUCAGGGCGGUGCCCACUGAUGAGGCUCGAGCCUUUGCAGAAAAAAACAGUAUCUCGUUUAUUGAAACCUCUGCCUUGGACUCCACUAAUGUAGAAGAAGCCUUCAAGAACAUUCUCACAGAAAUCUACCGUAUUGUAUCUCAGAAGCAAAUAUCGGACAGAUCUGCACAUGAUGAGUCUCCAGGCAACAAUGUAGUGGACAUAAGCCUCCCCCCAACCACGGACCUGCAGAGGGGCAACAAACUCCCCUGCUGCCAAAGCCUGUGACGCUCAUAUUUCCUUCUCCUGCUUUGACUUUCUGUCGGUCUGUCUUCUCUUCACCUCUGGUUUACUUCAGUUGUCAUGCUGCUGUCAUCAUGAAACACUCAUGCGUUCAAAAGUCUGUGACACCAAGACUCUUGUAGUUGACAUUCCUUUUUGCUGUUUUCUUUGUUUUUUCUUUGUUCGUUUAGUCUUCCUUUGAUUCACAGCCUCGCGAUAUGACCUGGAUGAGGAGAGAGAGAGAGAGAGAGAGAGAGAGAGAGUAACGCUCUUAUUAGGUUGAUCUUGAAGCUGUAGUAAACUACAAUUUCUUUUUAAGUAACUAGCCUUCAUGGUCCUAUUGACCCGCUCCUGUUGAAGGAAUGGUGAGGGAUCAGUAGACCUCAGUGCUUCAAAGUGCUUUCUACCGCCUCCUUUUCUCAGCUUGCAAUGAUACAGACUUGUUGUCAUGAUCUGCAACAGUGGAAUCCCAAUUUCAUGUCAGAUCGACCUGAUUCUGCCCAUCAUGCAUUACGGGUGUAGAAGAGGAGACAGGAAGAAGGUACUUCUGGAGUAUUGAUGUGUUCUCUGCUCUGUCUGGAUUUUCUAUUUGCCUCCUUUUUAAUUUUAAUUUUCCUCUUUGAGCACUGUGCCCACUGUGGCAUGAAACUAGCAUGAGCCAGGGACCAGACUGGCUGUGACUGUCUGACUUAAUAUGGGCAAGUGUGAAACAAAUGAAGGGUUUUUAUUUGUGUGUGUGUGUGUGUGAGUGCGUUUUUCAAUCUUAGUGCACAAAGAUACCAAAGGAUGUAAUAGUUAUCCGUUUUGGGUUUUCUCAUUUAAGCGAAUUCAAAGCUGCUAAGGUUGCAUUUCAUUGCUGUAUUUGGCAAACCAAUCCAGGCUAUUUGCAAAACAACAUGUAAUGCUUUAUAGCAAAAGUAAUGUUUAAAAUGGUGGUGUGUGUGUGUGUGUGAUUUAUUAUUUGUGUAACAAUAGUAUCAGCCCGGAUCAAGCCUUGUAUUCCUGUCUUGAGUUGGCUGAAGUCAAACUCUCUUUUAAAGGAUACUUCACCCCCAGAAUGAUAAUUUGUAUAUAAAUGACACACCUGGUGUUUCCUUGAAUUCUUAAAGAAAAGUUUUUCUUGCAUGCCUCCACAGUGAAGGAAGAAUCCAAAAACUAAAUGGGGGGGGUGCAUUUAACAACAGCAAAACUUCCGUUUACAAACUCUCAAACUAUAAGUCUCAAUUAUCCAGUCGUACAGUUACUACUUUCAAAAUCCAGCCAUUUUCACUAAAGCCUUACUAUUUAAAACACUUCCACAUAAACAGUUUCAUGCUUGUGCUAAUUUUAAGCUUUUUAGCGAAAAAGGAAUGUGUAUUGAAAGUUGUGAGCAUAUACAAAUGAUCCUUUUUGGGGGUGAAUGAAAAUCUCUUGCACUUAUGUCCGAUAAUUUCAGUGGAACAUGUCACCAUAUAUUUUUAGAAUACACUCAACAUCUUUAUCGAGUAACAUUUUCCUGUUGGCUGUAAUGGAAACUGUUGGUUAAAAGGAAAAAAAACUAUUGAGUUUCUUUUGUCUUAAGCAGCACUUUCCUCUCGUGUACUAAAUCACCCUUUGCUGUCAUUUGAAAGUGAUAUUUGUUGAAGGGAAAUUGAUAAAGAUGUGUGUAAUCUGAGAACAUUUAAAUGGGGGAACUAACUAAUUAAAAAUGCUCUUCACGUAACACUUUUACUCCGGCUAGUUGGGAAAGUGGAACAGAAAAUCAGAAGAUUGCUUAUACGGUUGUCUGAGAUGCCAAUUUUGUUUUUGCUCAUCUGGGAGAAAUACUUUCAUGUGUGAUUGAUUUGAUUCAUUAUUUUAAGCAAAAUGUCACAUUUCAUCAGAAGUAUGUAAAGGCAGGAAACGUAAACUUGUUUUGCUAUUUUAGCAUCAAACUGAAGCAUAAAUAAACCUUAUCCACAUGACCAUACAGGAGCCAGACCUAUGUUUGGAUACAUUACUCACUCCGUGUACCCGUAACUUAAUACUGUGUUCACCCCUGUUGUUUUGUAACAUUGGUGUCAACUGAUGGGUGGUUGUCCUGUCAGAGGAAAUGUUUGUACGUUGAGCCUACAUGCUCCAGCUGCAUUCAAGUCCAGUUGACAGGCCACCUUUUUUAAAUCUGCCUGUGAUCAUCCACGAGAUACAAUCGUAGUUUUACAUAAUUUAAUUAAUGCCCCUGUGUACAAGGCAGGCUCCCUAAAAUAUUAGAUAUUUGUUUUUAGAAUUCUUCAUCCUCAUUUAAACAAAUCUAGUCAAUGUGAAUGCAUUUUAGCACUACUAAAACUUUGUAAAAACACAAAGAAAUUCAUGUAUUUUGCUUGUUCAAUCCAACAUGGUCAGCAUUUCUGAAAAGGCUUAAUUAAGUAGCUCUCCAUAAUUAAUUUAUAAUGUAUGUAAUAUUCACUAUGCAGUUGUAAGACCUGCCAUUUACAGAACUGUAAAAUAAAAUCUGAAAAUGUUCAGACAAUUUGUGCUGGUUAAACGUAGUCUGUUUUUCGUAUUUGUUUUCAAUUUAAAAUGCAUUCUAGAAACCAAAUGGUCCUUGGUCAGGGCUUUGUUUUUACUUUUUAUACAUCUCUUUAUUGUAGAAAUCAACACGGCAAGGUGUGACAUUAGGAAUAUUUAGGCAUCAUUAUAUGGGACAUAGGGUAACUAAUAUAGGAAAGACAAUACAAAACUAUAACUUAACAGUAAAGGAAGGCAAUACAAUCUAAUUUCUCAACAAAGAAAAUAAAUAACCUGUAGCAUGACUACAUGGGAACAUUUCUUAUUGACAAUAAGUUGGAUAGACUCAAAGUACUUCCAUAAUUCAAUCCUGAAAAGUUCAAAACAUGAGUGAGACCUCGAGAUUUUGGCUUUAUGGAUGUGAAAUUUCCCCAAUAAAAUGAAUGAACUAACAGUCUGUUGAAAUUA